AUGCCACAACGCAGAGGCAUUGCUCAAAUCCCAGAGCAUGAGAAUUUGGCAAUUUCGGGCGGAGACACCCUCGUCAUAACCAUCGACUAUGAAGAACGAGCUAGAGAGCAAACUGAAGGAACGGGUUUCACAUCUCUGCUUGAGCACCGCCCCGGAUUCUUGGGAUGCGUGAGAAAAAUACAGAUCAAAAUAAACUGCCGGCUUGCUUAUUACCCAGGACUCCGUGGGCGUACAAAUCGCUCGAACGAAAUAGACUAUGGGGAGGACACUGAACACGCAACCCAGCUCUUGACAAAGAUGAGAGGUAUCUUCGAUGGAUUAAAUAUUGAAGAGCUAGACGUUGAGUUCCACUUGCCUUGGUAUAAUCAUCGUCAACUUCAUGCUGUGAUUCCACUUUUUGACCUAAAAUUCACGGAAUGGACGCUACAUUACAUCUCGGGAGUGAAUACCAAUGGUCAAUCUAUAGAAGUAAAGCAAAAAGGCAAUAAUGUCUUUGAACAUGACUGGUUGUACCUUGACGAGGACAACACGUUGACUAUUAUACUCAGCAGUCAUCCGAGUCCUGGAGCUAUUGAAAGAGAGAGAAGAUUCAUCAGAUUGCCCCCACUGUAUGUGAGAUAUGCAGAGCAUAUCGUCAUACACAUCCUACCAAACGCCGGGGAGCGAGCAUUGAGAGAAGUGGAACUUGUGUUUUCUGAAGAGGUGGUUUUAAUGAAUAUUUUAAACACACGCCAUUAA